CUUGUAACGGUGAACGUGUCGUGUGAACGGCAAAAAAAAUCACCGAACGGCGCCGUGUUUGUGUCCGGUUUCCUGCUCGGUGCUGUGCAGUGCCGUGUGCAGCAGGCUGGCGCUCCGCUCAGCGAUGGCGUAGGGGAGACGGCGCAGGGUCGACAAGAUGGAGAAAGGCGGCGACGCGAGGCUCGCCAGUCGCGGUGGAGGAUGGGAGUGAGGGCGGCAGAGCGAUGGCUGUGGCGGAACAUAUAAAGAGCGGCAUCCUUCUGCAGACUUCCUGAUCCUGAGGAGGCAGCAAGGGGGUGUUGGCUUGUGUUGCCACAGCAGCAGUCGUGGAGGAGGAGGAGAAGCGCCUGUUUCGGUGGCGCCACGCCCUGCUGCAGGGUAUGGAGUACCACAGCACGGGGACCCUGCCUCUCCUCGGCAGCCCCCGCUACUGCCCUGGGGCCAACAGCGCCAGCGGCUACCUCUGCCAGACCGGCCACUGCUGCGGAGAGACCGGAUGCUGCACGUAUUACUACGAGCUGUGGUGGUUUUGGCUGUUAUGGAGUGUGCUCAUCCUGUUCAGCUGCUGUUGUGCUUAUCGGCACCGGCAGGCUAAGCAGAGAGUGCAGCAGCAGCAGAGGCAGAGAGAGAUCAACCUGAUGGCCUACCACGGAGCCUGCAGCUACCCAUCCUCUAUGCUGGACCUCAGUUUCCUUGCUUCGCUAAAACUGCCAUCCUAUGAAGAAGUAGCAGCCCAACCCAGCACCCCACCCCCUCCCUACAGUUCGGUAGCUUACCCACGAGGCUCUGCCCACCCUGGUCCGAGUCACAUGUUGUCCUCCCAGAGUUCUGACAACUACACCAGCUGCUCCUGUGACUCCUGCUGUCCUUCAUCCCCCUGUAGCUCCUCCCCCUCCUCUGCCCAGCUCACAGACGAGACCGACACUAGCCACACCUCCACACCUUCCCACAGUGAAGCAGUGCCCAUUAACUCCAUAUCCGUGUUCGCCCACUCAACUGCAGCCUCAGAGGCACAUGGUGAGACUGUUUCUACUCCACCCUUCAACGAACCUGGCCCCAACUCUUCAUUAAAUCGGGCAGAAUCAAUGGAGGUGGAAAUAUCGGACUCCACCUCCCUCGACUGCAAUGGCAACAGGACUGUUAAAACAGUUACCAAUCAAGCAAUUAACAACAACAACAAGAUCAGUAAUGCAGACGAAACCACUAAAUCCAAUGAAACUAUUAAUACAGUUCACACUAGUGACAUCAGUAAUGCUAGUCAGGCCUGCACCAUCACUGAAAGUAAUGCAACCCAAUCCAACAUUGCCAAUGAUAUUAGCAGCGUGGGUCAAACAUCUAACCCCAGUCCUACCAGAGACACUAUGACCAGUAACACCACUGACUUAGGCCUUUUUCAACCACCCAGCAAUACAUCCCAAAACACCCCUGCCACUCGCCCUUCUGUUGCUGUGCCUCCGUCUUCUCCACCAUCCUGUUCUCCUAUCUCUCCGCCCUCCCCUUCUCUCCCUCCUCCGUUAUUCCCUCUCACUGACCCUUUGGGAGCACUCUCAGAGCAGCAGAGUUCCCCGACAAAGUGGGAGGGCCCUGUGCAAGAACGACCACCCACCCCGCCCCCUCAGUCUCCGCCCAGACCGCUGCUCUUUUCCCCAGACUUCCUGGAGCCGGAGCGGCGGGAUUCGGCCGUCUGCGACCUGGAUGUGGACCAGACACACUUCCAGCAGCGCCGCCUGACCGGAGACUCCGGCAUCGAGGUGUGCCGCUGCCGCAUCGAUCAAGAGGAAGAAGAGGAUGAGGAAGAUGAAGAGAGGGAUCACUUGGAGGCGGAGGCAACCACCAUUCCGAGCGACGGUCUUCAUGACAGCGCUGACUGCUCUGUACGAGCCCAGCUGACUCCUGCCACAGGAGAUGGGUUAGGGGAGUGGCCAGACAUGUGCAGCUCUGCCCCCUCUGCACCAACUAAGGCAGAGGCAGUUGUCAUAGCCAUGGAAACAAUUUGACGGACAGGUGGGCCGUUAGAAUCCAGUGUACAAGGGCUGAGUGUGGCUUUAGAGAAAGCAAGUGCUGAGGAAGCCUUUUGCGUUGGGGUUUCGGAAGCCAGUCAGUGUGGAGGAGGAAUCCCCCUGGACCGCUGGAGGGAGAAUUAGUAAAAGGCAGCAGUCAAGAGUCCAACCAGUUAAAGUAACUUUGCUGCUGCAUUAGGACUGGCUUAGGAUCAUAGAGUGGUUUAGGUAAAACUGUAGCUUGACAGCAUAGGAGGGUUCUCUCUGUCUCUGUGUCUCUCUGUCUGUUUCUUUCUCUGUUGUUUUGAGAGAAGGAUAAAGAUGUUCUCCAGCGCUUAACACAAAGCCCAUUUUUCUGCUGACAGACGGACUGAUGUCAGAGCCACGGACUCUGCUGAAACACACCCACACACACACAGUAACCAUUAUGUUUGACCCUGAUGUGGGACGGUGGUACAACCAUGCCAGCUCAUCUGGCCUCCUCUGUGAACACUUCUAUAUUCUGUAGCAACAUUCAUAAUUCCUUCUCUCUAUCUGUCUAUCUAUUUAUCUAUCUAUCUAUCUAUCUAUCACUCUGUCUCUCUUUUUCCCCCUUUAUCUCCCUCUCCUUUGCCCUGCUUUUAUUGUAGCCUCUAGCACAGGAUCAGAGACCUGUUCCCUGUCCUGUUGAGUGGAGUGUCGUACGCUUUGAUAGACUAUGAAGCUGCUUGAAAUGCUCAUGGUUUAAACAAUGCCAACAGUAAAGAUGCAAUAACACAAA